AUGUCUAAAAAACCGUCAGCCGAGGUGAUUCCAGUCGAAAAUCGAACACUGAAUCGUUUGCAGCUUCCACAAAAAUCCGAUUUGAACAUGUUUCGUCCGGCGGAGCAGCACAAGGAAUUCGAAAAAGUGGCGUCGACGAACAGUUGAGUUGCUCUUUUUUUUUGUUGUGCGCACCGACAAUAUCCAAACUUUUUCGCAGAGCAAUUCGCCGAGAAAAUGAUAAAGUGUUUGUUGGAGUGUAAGGGAAUGGCGAAAACGCCGACGACACUCGAGAUUAUGCGAUUGGCUUGUGAGUGCGCUGACGCGUUUUCGGUGCCCUGACGCACUUUCACUUUGCAGACAUUUGCAAAGGAAUCUUCAAAGCGCAGAGGGCGAUGAUCGAAAUCGACGGUCCCGUCAAAAUUUGCGGCGAUUUGCACGGCCAGUUUCCGGAUCUCAUUCGCAUUUUCGCAAAAGUUUUGAUGCGAUUCGAGCGCCCACACAAUCCAUUUAUUUUCAGUGCGGCUGGCCGCCCGAGUCCAACUACCUGUUCCUCGGCGACUACGUGGAUCGUGGUCAGUUCGGACUCGAAACCCUCCUGCUGUGCCUUUCGUUCAAAGCGCGCUACCCGCAAAACUUUUUCAUGUUGCGCGGCAAUCACGAAUUGAGGCACAUCAACACGAGCUACGGGUUUGCGGACGAGGUGCACUUGCGGAAAGGAGAGUACUACGAGCAGUUGUACGCGGAGAUUCAGGUGAGCGCGUUUAGUUGUCAAUGGGGCGCGCUUGCAUCCACCGUCGACUCGGAGUUUCUUGUUUCAAUUGAAAACCAGAAUUCUUUCGUUUUUCUCUUAAUAAACACUCAAAUUUUGUUCUUUGCGAACCCGUAGGGCGAUUGUCUCAGUUAAAAGCAUCGAUUUAAGCGCGAAACGGAGCAGAUUCGUUCAGAAUUGACCAAAUUGAGGGAUUUUGUCGAAAACUACUGAAAAAAGACGGAGUUUUAACGAUUAUUUGCCGUCCAGUCAACAAGGAGUUUAUUGCGCAUCUUUUAAGCGCUCAACAGUCGAAAAAUAUACAGAAUUGAGAUAAUUGAGGCAAAUUUUCGAUUCCAAACGGACAAAAUGCUGUAAUUUUCACAUAAAACGUUUCGAAAUUGAUGACGAAGCAGUUAAAAUUGUAUUUUUUAUUCUUUUCUAAUCAUUAUCAUACGUUUUGCCACUGAUUGGUUCUGAAAAGUUGGGAAUAAUGCAAAAAAAACGGGAAAAUUGAAAUGAGAAACUCUACAACGACGCUCCGGAAUUACGCGUUACGCGCCUUGUUUAGCGCACGUGAAUUGCGUGCCAAGGGAAUUUUUUAUUGGAAUUCUGUGCGGCGUGCAAGAUUAUGCUUCAGGAUUCGUUGCACAUGAUGCCGUUCACGGCGCUAGUCGGCGGCCGCAUUUUGUGCAUGCACGGCGGAAUAACAAAGAGGAUCAAGUCGCUGGACAUGUUGAGAGAUAUUCCUUUGUGAGUGUGCUGAAACUGACGGUGGGCUGGAACAACUGGUUCCAGGCCGUGGUGCGCCAUCGAGGAGAGUCUGGAGAAUGAUCUUUUGUGGUCGGACCCGGAUAAUGUGCCGGAUUGGACCGGAUGCGCUCGAGGCACCGGCACAACGUUCGGCAACACGCAGAUUGUCACGUUUUGCGAACAAUUCAACAUUGACCUGGUAAUCUUUGUGUCAAUUUAAAGGUGGUGUCCAACGUGACAAACAACAUAUUUUUAAAAUAAAAUUCAAAGUGGGGCAUUCACUUUCCCAAGGUCCCGAAUUACGGAAAAAAUUCCCCGAUUUUUAAGAUAUUUUUCAAAAAAGUUAAUACCGAGAGAAGUACUGCAAGGCGAAAUGGAAGAGCUGGCCUAGAUUUUUCUAGUCCCCGGAUGGAAUUCCCCUUUCUUUUAAUUUUUUUCGGUUUUCGUGCAAAUUUCUUAAAUUUUCAAUCGUUUUUUCACUGAACACACUUAUUUGCAAUAUUUUAAAAAAAAUUUUUUUUUCUGUGCCGUGACGCCAAAAAAAUCGAUAAUCUUUCAAAACUUUUAAAAUUCAGCGAAAUUCAGACAACAUUCAGAAAUUCAGAAAAAAAAUCAGCAUUUUUUUGUAAAACCGAAAAAUAGGAAGUUUUGGAUUUUUUUGCAUUACUCUGAAAAAAAUAUAAAUUUCAGCGCGCAAACCAAACAUUGAGAGAAAAACCCGGAAAAACACCAAAAAAAAGUUUCAGGUUAUCGAUUUUUUGGCGUCACGGCACAGAAAAAACAUAAAAUUUUUAAAAAUAUUGCAAAUAAGUGUGUUCAGUGAAAAAAACGAUUGAAAAUUUAAGAAAUUUGCACGAAAACCGAAAAAAUCAAAAGAAAGGUGAAUUCCAUCCGCGGACUAGAAAAAUCUAGGCCAGCUCUUCCAUUUCGCCGUGCAGUACUUCCCUCGGUACCAUUAACUUUUUUGAAAAAUAUCUUAAAAAUCGGGGGAAUUUUUUCCGUAAUUCGGGACUUUGGGAAAGUGAAUGCCCCACUUUGAAUUUUAUUUUAAAAAUAUGUUGUUUGUCACGUUGAACACCACGUUUAAAACAAAAAAACUGAGUUGCAGAUUGUCCGAGCGCAUCAAUGCGUCCAGGAUGGCUACGAGUUCUUUGGCGAUGCGCGCAAACUGGUGGUAGGUCUUUAUACGUGGAGAUUCAUAAUAUUCGAACGUUCCAGACGGUAUUCUCGGCGCCCCACUACAUGGGAACGUUCACCAACUACGCGGCCGUCUGUUGUGUGUCUGAAGGCCUCGAAGUCUCGUUCGAACAGCUGAUACCCGAAGGAUUCGAGCAUCAGGAGUGCGUGGCGCCCAUCGAACCCACCGCUCCCGAAAUGUCCGGCAACCCGUCGGCCGAACCCAUCUGA